GGACUAGCUGCUGGCGCCGGGGUACCGGCGACAGUGCGCAGGGCCUUCGGCCACCGACGGCGGAGCGCGAGGACCGCGGCUGACCCGCCGGAGCCAUGCGCGCCCCGUCCGGCCUGCUGGGGCCCCGGGGGCCGCUGCCGCUGGCCCUCUUGUGUCUCCUCGCCGCGGCGCGCGGGAGCUUGGCGGAAGGCCAGCCCUCAGUUUCACCUUUGACAAGUCUACCCAUUGAAGAAGAAAGGAUAACAAAGUAUUCUAACCUUUCCUUGGAGAGUCAUAACAUACCACCCACAGAACAUUCCAAUGUACCGGUGGAAAAAAAUAUCACUUUAGAAAGACCUUCUAAUAUAGAACUCACAUGCCAAAUCACAAUAUCUAGGGGUGUGAAUUCAGUAAAUGUGACUUGGAAAAAAGGUGAUGAACUACUUGAGAAUUAUCUCACCAAUGCAACAGGAUGCAUCCUGUAUGCCCAGUACAUGUUUACCAUCAUUAAUAGCAAACAAAUGGGAAGCUAUUCUUGUUUCUUUGGAGGAGAAAAGGAACAAAGAGGUACAUUUAACUUCAAAGUCCCUGAGAUUCAUGGAAAAAACAAACCAUUGAUCACUUACGUGGGGGAUUCAACUGUCUUGAUGUGUAAAUGUCAACAUUGCUCUCCUUUACAUUGGACCUGGUACCAUAGUAAUGGGAGUGUGCAGGUUCCUAUUGAUGUUCAAAUGAGCGAGAAGUAUGCGAUCAAUAGAACAAAUGCUAAUGAAACAAGGCUGAAGAUCAUGCAACUUACAGAGGACAAUCAGGGAUCUUACUGGUGCCAUGCAGUAUUCCAAUUAGGCGAGAGUGAAGAGCGCAUUCAACUUGUGGUGCUGAGUUACUUGGUGCCGCUCAAACCAUUUCUCGGAAUAGUUGUUGAGGUUGCUAUUUUAGUGGCUGUUAUUCUGCUUUGUGAAACAUACACCCAAAAGAAAAAGAAGCACAUAGAUGAUGGGAAAGAAUUUGAACAAGUUGAACAGCUGAAAUCAGACGAUACCAAUGGUGUAGAAAAUAAUGCCCCCAGGCACAGAAAAAAUGAAUCCGUGAGCCAAUGAAAGUGAAACAUCGUGUCAAGAGUCAUGGGAACAUGUGCAGUUUGUAUUUCAGCUUUAUUUAUGCUUCCUAUUAAGAACAUCUGAAUUUUUAUUUUUGAAAGGAUGAAAAUUUUAUGCAAUAUAUUGCUCAGCAGUAGCUUUGUAAUAAUAUAUGUAUGUGGGAUCUAAAGAUAUAUUUUCAAUCUGCACUUAUUUUUACAUUAAAGCAAGGUAAAUUAUAUUAAAUAUGUUCUAUGAGCUAUAACCUAGGAUGAUUAAUUUCAUCCUGGUCAUGAAGGGAUGCACAGAACAGAUACCAGUAAAACCAGUUAAUACUACACAGAACUAAUGUCAUUCAAGACCUGUUUAUAACCAAAGAAUUCAUUAAAAAGAAAAUCUUUGCCAUUUGCCUUAAAAAGUUGUUUUUUUCUAAUCAUGCUUACUACGUAUAGAAAUAUUUGUAAUAAUUUUCAUGUAAGGUUCAUCCUCUGUCACACUGGAAAAAAACCAUCUUCACUAGGAAAUGAAUACUUUCUGCCUUUGCUAACAGUUCACAAUCGCCACAAGAAAAACAUACUUUUCCUCCACAAAUAGCAGUUUAAGGCAAGGAAAUAUAACCAUAUACUUGCCCCAAAUCUCCCAUCACCACAAAAAAAGCCCAUUUCCCAACCUUUGUUUCACUCCUCUCCACUGCUUUCAGACAGCAGGCAAAAGUGACUCUUAGUCUUUAUGUGGAGCAUUUUUUAAAUGCCAUGGGUUUGGGAUUUCAUAAGUUACACCUGGGCUGAUGCUGUAGGAUAUAGGUCCAUAUAGUCAUAAUAUAGCACUGCUACAGGGUUCUGUAGAAGCACUGCUUCUGUGGUUCAUGGUUUCCUGGUAUCUUUAACUUGGUACCUGGUGCCCUGAUACUCAUGGGUAGCUAAAUAUCUAAAAAGGCUUUGCUACUGCUUUCUAGUCACGAUUCCUUUGUUUGAAACCCAGAGGUACUAAAGUAUUUCUUCUCUGUUGUUGUAAAUGCCGUAGACUUUUCUUCAAAAUUUGAAUGGUUCCGGUGGUGUGUAUAACUGAAAUAUUUCAUAAAAUCACUUUAACUAAAUCAAAUGAAAUAGAUCAUGAAAAAU